GCAGUUAUUCCAGGAAUGUGUGGAACAUGGCCGCCGGCGUGAAGUCGCAGAAGACCGGGCUGCUGGAGCUCCGGCUCUCCGUGGAGCGCUGGGUCCGGGUCUUGGCGAGUCUGUCCGAGGACGCGCUCACCGUGAGUCCCGGCGGCGGGGACGGAGCCGGCGCGGAGCGCGGGGGCGCGAGCCCGAGUCCCGGCGGUGCGGCGAACGGGGAUCCGUCCGAGCAGCACGGCUCCGGCGGCGGUUCCGGCUCCGGCGGCUCCGGCUGCGGCUCCUCCGCGGCGCCCGACGCGAUCGCCAACGUGAAGCGCACCGUGCGGGUCGUGAAGCAGGACGUGGGCGGACUCGGCAUCAGUAUCAAAGGGGGUAAAGAGAACAAGAUGCCAAUUCUCAUUUCCAAGAUUUUCAAAGGGCUCGCGGCCGACCAGACCGAGGCUCUCUACGUGGGCGACGCCAUCCUCUCGGUCAAUGGCAAUGACCUACGAGAAGCCACACACGACGAGGCUGUGCAGGCCCUGAAGAAGACAGGCAAGGAAGUUAUUCUGGAAGUGAAGUACAUCAAGGAGAUGUCCGCCUACUUUAAGAACGCCGGACAAGGGGGUCCUUUACCCUGGGACUCUCCACCAGCCUCCCUGCACAAGCAAGGGGCCGCUAACUCCGCAGCGGAGCUCAAGGAGAGCAGAGAGAUCCCCCUGAAGAUGUGCCAAGUCACCAGGAAGCAAUGCCCACCCGAUACGGAGAACAGAUACUUUGAGGUGAUCUCCGCCGACCGAAGGUCCUCUCUGUUCCUGCGGGCGAAGGAUCCGGCUGUGGCGCAGUCGUGGUACAACGCCAUCCAGGCGGCUGUUGGUGCCCUCAUCCCUAAGGUGAAGGAGGAGCUGAGGGGCAUGCACGGUGGCCAAGAGAUCAAGCACAUCGGCUGGCUCACCGAGCAGCCACCCCAGGGCCCUGAGAGGCCGGUUCUGGCCAUGCUGACGGAGAGAGACCUGGUCCUAUACAGGACUCUGCCAGACAACAGGGAGACCCUGAGCAGCCCUGACCAUAGCCACCCACUGAUCACCACAAGAUUGGUGCAUUCGGGCCCUGGGAAGAGCUCCCCUAUCAUGGACUCCGAGCUGACCUUUGCCCUCCGCAGUGGGACAAGGCAAGGAGUGGAAACCCACAUCUUUCGGGUCGAUUCGGCCAAAGAGCUGUCUGCGUGGACUCGCAUGCUUGUCGACGGCUGCCACAACGCCGCAGAGCUCAUAAAGGAGGUCACCGCUGCUUGUAACUGGAACGGGAAGGAGUGCACCCUGGGAAUCCAUAUCGACGAGGGCUUCACCCUCUUCACUGAGGAGCCGGGCCUCAGGAGGACCGUGCUGCUGCAGCGGCCCUUCGAGAAGCUGCGCAUGUCCUCCGAUGAUGGCGUGCGCCUGAUGUACCUAGACUUCGGGGGGCCCGAGGGAGAGAUUCAACUGGAUCUCCACUCUUGCCCGAAGACCAUUGUGUUCAUCAUCCACUCCUUCCUGUCUGCAAAGGUGAAGAGACUAGGCCUGUUGGCAUGAUGAUGGCAGCCAGUCCAUCAGACGACACGUUAAGUAGUUCUCCAAGAGCCAUGAAUCAAGAACUUAUGGGUUGCACGGGCGCAUUUCUUAGACCCAGACCUCCAUGAUGGACUGAAUGCUGCACAAGAGUCUCCUCGUGUUAACAGGGGUCAGAGAAAGCCUCUCCAGAGGGUCAAGACCCAGGAGCUCAGCAAGAGUCAUCAAGUGGACAACACACCUGUAAUAUGCACUGUCCAAUGCAGUUUCACACUAUUUUCUUUCAAUGAAACAGUUUUUUUUUUUUUA